AUGAAGCUUUCCUCUUUCUUGGCUGUUACUAGCCUCUUCUUUUUACCCCCCACCGAUGCUGUUCUCAGCAGAUCCCAUAUCAAAUCCACCAAUAUCACUCAGGAUCUAGUCAGAUGGGACGAACACUCACUCUUUAUCCGAGGGGAGCGUAUCGUCAUCUUGUCCGGCGAGUUUCACCCAUGGCGUAUUCCUUCACCAGGACUCUGGUUAGACGUGCUCCAGAAGAUCAAAGCGCUAGGUUAUAACGCAGUGUCCUUUUACGUCAACUGGGCCUUGCUCGAGGGCAAACCAGGCGAGGUACGCAUGGACAAUGUGUUUGAUCUUCAACCUUUCAUCGACGCCGCCGUCGAGGCUGGACUCUAUCUCAUCGCACGACCUGGUCCCUAUAUCAACUCUGAGCUCUCUGGGGGCGGCUUUCCUGGCUGGUUACAGCGCAAUAAGGCUGCUCAGAUAACCAACAGCGGACCCAUAAUCCUUGUGCAGCCCGAAAACGAGUACAGUUUAGCGGUCGGAACAGCCAACCCGGUUGAGUCAACCAAGCUAUUGGACCCAAACUACAUGGUUUUUAUGGAAGACCAGUUUCGACGAAAUGGUAUUGAAGUUCCUUUGAUUGGCAAUGACGCCGUGCCUUUGGGCAACUGGGCGCCUGGAUCUGGAAAAGGGGAGUUGGACAUCUACGCGCAUGACGCUUACCCUUUUUACAAAGGAUGCGAUCAUCCCACGGACUGGACGGAUCUCACUGCUUUAAGUUUGACGUAUACGUAUCAAAACCAUCUGCAGCAGAGCCCAAGCAGCCCCUAUGCCGUAUUGGAGUACCAGGGGGGUGCCCCCGAUCCAUGGUAG